UUCUUUGACCAAUAAUCAGGCCGACUUGAUUUCACAUCUGCUGAGAUCACCGUCGCAGUCCAGUCGGCCGGCUCCUUCUCGGAAUUAUAAUGUCAAAAUCUGAAUGGAGUUUGGUUUGGUUCUGCCUUGCCUAGCCUAUAAAUAUCGCUUGAAACUGACAACAGCCUCUCCAGCUUGACUCAAUCGAAUCGUUGCUCUCAUCUGAGCAUCCAUCACAUGAGCAGCAACGAUAUGGAGCUCUUCCUCCUCUCCUUGCUUCUCCUGGUGGCUCUCCUCAUUUCUCUUUCCCUUCGUUACCUCGUCUACAAACGCAAAUCCAAUCCCUCCGGUGGAAAACUCCCGCCGGGAAAGAUGGGUCUGCCGUUCGUCGGGGAAAGUAUCCAGUUCUUGUCUCUUGGACGUAAGGGCACUCCUGAGAAAUUCAUGUACGACAGAAUGGCGAAGUUCUCCAAGGAAGUCUUCAGGACUUCGUUGUUUGGAGAGAACACCGCAGUGUUCUGCGGCCCCAGUGGAAACAAGUUCUUGUUCUCUAACGAGAACAAGCUUGUAACAGCUUGGUGGCCGCGCUCUGUCGAAAAGAUCUUCCCUUCUUCCACGCAGACCUCGUCAAAGGAGGAGGCCAAGAAGAUGCGUAAAUUGCUUCCCCAGUUCCUCAAGCCUGAAGCACUGCAGAGGUACAUCGGAAUCAUGGACUCCAUCGCUCAGAGACACUUCAAGGCGGGUUGGGAUGAUAGAGAUGAGGUGACUGUGUUCCCUCUGGCCAAGCGGUACACCUUCUGGUUGGCUUGCCGGUUGUUCUUGAGCAUCGAAGAUCCCGACCACGUCGCCAAGUUUGCCGACCCAUUCAACGCCUUGGCUUCUGGAAUCUUUUCGAUACCGAUAGAUCUUCCGGGAACAUCAUUCAACAAAGGAAUUAAGGCAUCCGACGAGAUCAGGAAGGAGCUUCUGGCUAUCAUCAAGCAACGAAAGAUCGAUCUUGCUGAGAAUAGGGCGUCACCYACGCAAGACAUWUUGUCCCACAUGCUCCUCUACACCGACGAGGACGGCCACUUCAUGAACGAGAGGGACAUCGCCGAUAAGAUCCUUGGUUUACUCAUCGGCGGCCACGACACGGCCAGCGCUGCCAUUACUUUCGUCAUGAAGUAUCUCGCAGAGCUUCCCGAUAUCUACAAUCAAGUCUUACAGGAGCAAAUGGAGAUCGCCAAGUGCAAAGCCCCAGGAGAGAGGCUAAACUGGGAUGACAUGCAGAAGAUGAGGUACUCAUGGAACGUAGCAAGUGAAGUGAUGAGACUUGCACCACCUCUUCAGGGAGCUUUCAGGGAAGCUCUAAUGGAUUUCACAUUUGCUGGUUUCUGCAUUCCAAAAGGAUGGAAGUUAUACUGGGCUGCAAAUUCGACACACAGGAAUCCUGAAUACUUCCCAGAGCCUGAAAAAUUCGACCCAUCAAGGUUCGAUGGAACUGGUCCAGUUCCAUACACAUAUGUUCCGUUCGGAGGUGGGCCUCGAAUGUGCCCAGGAAAAGAGUAUGCUCGGUUAGAAAUUCUUGUAUUCAUGCAUAACGUGGUAAAGAGGUUUAGAUGGGAGAAAAUUCUUUCUGAUGAGAAGAUCAUCGUCAACCCAAUGCCCAUGCCAGCCAAAGGUUUCCCAGUUCGUCUUCAUGCUCACAAAUAGUCUCAUCAGUUCCUCAUCAACAUCCAACUGAUCUUGGUUAUGAAUAGUCAAUUUAUAUAUAUGUUU